AUGAGCCCACUGGAGGACGACGAUCUGCUCCCCGAGAUCCUCGUCCGCCUGCCCCCGCAGCCCUCCUCCCUGCCCCGCGCCUCCGCUGUCUGCAAGCGCUGGCGCCUCCUCGUCUCCGACCCAGGAUUCUCCCGCCGCUUCCGCAUCCGCCACCGCCGCAGCCCUCCCCUCCUCGGUUUCUUCCGCAGGAAUAACGGCCUGCCCUUCGUACCCACUCUCGACGCCCCGGAUCGUGUCUCCCCCGGUCGUUUCUCCUUGCAGCGCGGCGACGGCGACCGGUUCAUGCCCCUCGGAUGCCGCCAUGGCCUGGUACUCAUCUCCAACAAACCUAAGAACCAGAUCCUGGUGUGGGACCCCGUCACCGGCGACCAGCGCCGCCUUGUCUUGCCCCCGGGGGUUGCGGUACAUGCAGAGAAGACAUCGAUCAAUGGGGCGGUGCUUCGUGCUCAUGCGGCCGGAGACGAUGCGCAGCACUUCCAAGUGGUGUUGGUAGUGGCAGACAACGACGACGAGCAACACAGGCGAGCGCUUGCCUGCGCUUACUCGUCAGAGACCGGCGCGUGGGGUGAUCUGGUCUCAACACAGCUUCCACCUGACGUUAUAAUGAGUGAUGCUCCCACCUUGGUUUCGAUUGACAAGCCUGCUGUGCUGGUUGGGGAUUCCCUUUACUGGAAGCUUGCUUGGAAUAUGGAUGGAAUUCUCUAG